GCAACGACUCAGUGCCUUGAUUUUUUAUUUCUUUUUGUGUCUUUUUUUCUUAAUUCUCCCACAGACUACGCCGUGGUGUUGCUAUGGCGACCGCGGCCCCUCCCUUCUUCCUGCUGUGUUGGCUGCUCCGAACGGCGAGCUCGGCGUUCCCGGAGGAAUCGGGGCCCCUCAACUUCAUCCCCACCGAAGUGGUGAGAAGACACCCGGUGUUCCUGGGUCGACCCCAUCGGACCUGGCUGAGACAAGAGCCUCUGCACAUCCAGAGGAUCCUCCAAGUCAACCGGACCCUGUACAUCGGAGCCAGGGAUGACCUUUUCCGCGUGGAGCUGGACAUCGUGGCGGGAGACGAGAUGUUCUACAGCAAGAAAAGGACGUGGGAGUCGAAUAAGAACGACAUCAGGAUCUGCAGGAUGAAGGGCAAACACGAGGUGAGACGCUUUAUCUUCUCUGUUUCGUAUUAUUAGUCUCUAUGGCUUGGUUUGUUAUGCGUUGUGAU